GGCUGAGGGCGGGACGAAGCACGAACCAUGUUUAAAACACUCCGGGGUUGUGUUUAUGUCAGGCAGAGUUGCUUCAUCGUUGGGGUCGUGAUGUUGCUUGUCUUGUUUUCCCUGUGCGUGUUAUCUACCCGGUGUGUUAACAGGGCAUCUGCUGGAUAUUCCUCAGGCUCAGCUAGAUUUUCUGAGAAAAGUCUGUACAAACUGGACAUUGAGUGGCCUAGGUUUCCAGAACACUUCACAGGUCAAGUGUUUGCUGUUGCAGUUGACCCAGUGUCUAAUAUUGUUUAUGUAGCACAGAGAGGAGAAUCUGUACCAAAAAUGUUACUGUUUACAGAAAAAGGAUACUUCCUCCAAGCAUGGAAUACCACAACGAUUGAAAUGCCACAUGGGAUAUUUGCAGCUACGAACUCUUCUGCCACAUCUUUGUGGGUGACGGAUGUUGGAAAUGGGAAGUACGGCCACACCAUCAAACAGUACAACCCAUUUGGAGAGCUUCUUCAAACUCUGGGAACACCUGGGCAUCCAGGUUCAUCGUUAGAUCCAUUGCAGUUUGAUCAACCAGCAGAAGUGUACGUUUCCAGUAAGGGGAACGUGUAUAUAGUGGAUGGUGAUGGAGGCUUAAACAACAGACUAAUCAAACUGGACCUAGGCUUUGGUAUCGCUUGGAUGAAAGGAGAAAAGGGAGAUAAACAUUCCCAGUUUUACAUUCCACACAGUGUAACUGAAGAUAAUGUAGGGCGGAUUUGGGUAGCUGACAGAGGCAACAUGCGUUUACAAGCAUUUGAUGCAGAGACAGGUCAGUGGAUAGGAGCCUGGUCCAGUUGCUUCUCAGAUGAUGGUCCCUCCUCUGUAAGGUUGACGUAUGACAACAAGUUCUUCGUUGUGGCCCAGUUGAAAAUCAACAGAGUGCUGUUUCUAUCUGUUCCACCAAUAGGUGACAUUGGGGUGUGUAACAUAGCUGAUACAAUCCAAUUAUCUGAUGAUGUAAAGCCCCAUCUUGUGGAUGUUAAUCGUAAAACUGGUGCUAUUUAUAUUGCAGAAAUUGGUGCACAGCAAGCACAGAAAUUUGUACCUAAUACCUGAAAAUAAUUCUUAAACCUUCCAUUGCUGCUAUACUGGCAUUUUCACACUGGUGGUUUCAAAUGUACGUCAGAUUUAAAGUGUCACUGUCAUGGGUGAGAUGGCAUGAUGUGAACCCCGAGCAGACUAUUGCAAAGCCAAUAACUUUUCUUAUAUAAUUUUUCAUUUGCACUAGAUGUGAUUUUAAAACCAGACUUUUAAAGUAUUCCAACUGAGAAUUGAACCAGUAAGACUCCAGGUUCAAUUCUUCACUUGAAUUGAGUUUAUUAAUCUUGUGGUUACAUUAGGAGCAAUAUUAAUACAUUCCAUUACCUCUGCCUCAAGUUCAGAGAAAAACUUGAGGUUCCUACUAAUGAUCUUUUGGAGAUGAAUGGCAGUAGAUUUUGAGCAAAGAAAUUAAGUGCCUUUUGCAACAAUCUACAGAUGUCUGCUAACACAUGGUUUAGAGUUUAUAAUUAACUUCUUGAGUGAAGUCCACUUCUUGUGGAGCUAUAUGCCAAAGAGGAGUUGGUAAGCAGAGAGAGAGAGAGAGAGAGAGAGGGAGAAAAAGGGAAAAGAGAAAUUGAGGGGAUGUUUUAGAAAUGCACUGCUUUUCCCAACACUGCUCACCAUGUUGAAGUUUUAUUUUGAAAUUGAUUUGUUGCAUUAAUGUAAUGGACAUGCCAUAAAAUUUUUAAAAUGGCUAUUUGGAUUUCUGAGCAUUAUUGUAAAUGGGUAAAAAGUUUUGAUAAUUAGUGUCAAUGAAGUGUUUUAUUCUGUUUUUGCAUCUCCUCUCCUCCCCGGCAUCACUUAUCCUCAUUUUGCAUUUACACCAACAUUUUUUUUCCUAUAAUCAACAAGCUUUUGCCUAUUAUCUAUAACACCAUUUCCGUAUCCCAUUGAGAUCACAAGUGAAGUCAAAUACAUCUUUAAAAUCUGGGAUAAAAUUAUUUAAUGUAUCUGCAAAGGAAUUGAAUUUCAUUGACUCUGAAUAAUACCCCUCAAUUCAGCUGUAAUAUCCAGUUACAAAAUCAAAGAAAAAUGUUGGGAAUACCAUUCAAGCUAGACAACAUGCCAAAUUCAAGGAUGCUUAUCAGAACUCUUUCCACAGAUGUUCUCUGGCCUGCAAGAUUUUUCCAGCUUUUUUUGUUGUUUUUUGAUACAAAUUUACAACAUCUUCACUUUUAGUUUUCACUAAUAUUCAGUUCUUUGGGGGAAAACAACAUUUUCUGCAAACCAGAUACUAUCUUUGUAGAAGAUCAAAUUAAUAAGUUGAGGCUCAAGGUAGGUCAACUGUCUUUGACUAAAUAAACUAACAAACUAUAACAAGAGCAAACAGGAGGAAAUCUGCAGAUGCUGGAAAUUCAAACAGCACCACACACAAAAUGCUGGUAGAACACAGCAGGCCAGGCAGCAUCUAUAGGGAGAAGCGCUGUUGACGUUUCAGGCCGAGACCCUUCAUCAGGUCAGGACUAUAACUAUAACAAACAAUUUAUUGACUGAAAUUGAGUUUUGCUAUUUUAAUUAAUAUGUCAGAACAGCAAAUGUUUUAUUUCUUGAAUCUUCCAAUGUAAACAGUUGCUGAUAAUCACUAUAAUGAAAUGUUUCCCUCAAUCUUUAAGAUGACUACUUGGAUAAAUGUAAACAUUCAAAAGCUUCCUGGCCUUGGGAUUGUCUGUCAGUAAAAAGUUAAAGUAUCAAUGAGCCUGACUCUUUUUCAAGUGCAACACAGCCCCUGAAGCAAUUGUCCCUCAUGAACAUUUGCUUCUUGCACUUGUGUGGCAUUACAAUCGUGACAAAUCUUGACCCCAUCUUGAUUUUCCGAGAGGAUGAAAGCUGUCUGAUUGAAGGGGGAUUUUUGUUGUUCCAAAGCAAAUAAUUUUCUAGUUUUCAGCACCCUGUGUACUUCAAAUAGAAUAGAGGUGGGGUAAAUAAUACAAUAGUACUGUUUUGGGUGGGGACAGUAGUGCCUACAAUUUGUUUUAUUUAGCUUGGACCAUUAAUGUGUUUCGGACAUCUGUAGCACAUUUUUCUCUUCAAAUUUUAAGUUUACAACUUUGUUGUUCUGUUCCUUGGUUAACUGUUUUGAUGCAGUUUCUAAAUGAAGCACUGGGAAUUAGAGUAGGUUCUCAGCUUGGAUCCUUAUGAAGUGCUGCACAUUACUUAUCCACUCUUGUAUAGCCAGCUGGUUAAAACUGAAGUAAUUCUAAGCACUUAGGAAUUCAAUAUGAUUGACCAUUAUUAGUGUUGGUAAGUCUUAGGUUUUGAAAAGCAAGUUUGUCUUACAGUCAAUAGGGUAACUCAAGUGUUUGGCAUUAGAUUUCACUCUGCUGCUAAAUCAUUGAUACAGCAAUUGUGAAAUAUUUACAUGAUUGAUAGUUUUAAGUCCUGAGGAAUUGUGUGGAAGCUUGCAGUCUAUUUCAGACAAUGUCUAAAAUAGAUGUUGGUAUCUGUUGUGAUUGGAUAAGGAAAUAUUUUGGUUUUUAUAAAGAGCUAAUCAAACUAGGAAACCACUAAUCAAGUAGGUGCUAAUUUUAAGGGAAAGCAUUUAUUACUUAUUUUGGAUUAUUAAUAUCUCGGUAAUAAAGUUACUUCUGAUGCAUACUAAACAUAAUCACUUCUGGGAACCUGGUAUUCUUUGGAAUUGCCAAUGAAUUACAAAAUUUAGAAUAUGGUAAGAGGUGGUAACAAAGGGUUAAAAUUAGGAUAGCAUCAUUAUAGUGUUUUUUUGGUAUCAGAAUUAUGAUUUUGUUUUGCUUCACUCUUUUUAUUUGGUUGGUUGAUAAGUCAACCAUGUUUUACCAUAAAUAGCAUUGGUUCCUGAGGAAAGGUCUUGACCUCAACUUUAACUGCCUGUUUCCCUCCAAAGUUACUGCCUAACCUGCUGAGUUCCUCCAACAUUUUGUGUGUUGCUCCAGAAUUCCAGCAUCUUCAAUCUUUCUUGAGUAUAAUGAAUGAACUAGCAGGUGUAAACAGGAACAGAGUCAGGAAGCAGGUAGGGAUGAGAAGAGAGAGGAAAUGAGUAAUGAGGUAUAAGGGAGAAAAUAGAAAGAAUUCUGAUCCAUUCAGUCUUUCAUUUGGUUUCACUUUCUAGUUUUUAUUUUGGAUUGUUCCUCCGAUCACGAUUCUUAAUGUUUUGUCUUCCUUUAUUUUAGAAAUUAUCCAUUGUUUUACUACAUCAUUUUGAAAUACUUUCCCAUCUUUGUUGAUGGCCUUGUUUAAUCCUAAGUGUUUUAUACUAAAGAGUUUUAUUUGAUGUAAGUGGUUAAUUAUUUUAAUUGAUAUGAAUUAAUAUUAAAUUUGCCGCAUACCAUUCAGAGAACAAUUAACUUCAUGAGAUCAAAUAUGUAUAUUAAUUGAAAUGUGACUAAGAGAAAAGUUUCUACUUUUGAGAAUGA